GCGACUAGCUUGUAGCCCGUAGCCCGCUAGCAUCACCUACCGCUAGCCUUGUUUACGUUUCACAUUUCUCACUUACCGCUGUUCUGUUAAAAAAAAAAAAAAAAAAAAAAAACAUGUCUGCUGUCUCUCCGGUUUUGAGUGCAGAUGAGGACUCGCUCGAGCUUCACAUGGUGCGGCUGGAACUGGAGGAUGUGGAGAAGCAGAUCCGCGGCCUACUCGACAAGCAGGCCCAGCUGCUGGAGCGACAAACUGCGCUGGAAACAUCUUGUGCCUCUGCCCAUAUAUCCAAGGUAAGCACACAGCGUGGUAUUUCCACUCCCAGCCCCUCUACGCCAUGUGUUUCUCUGUGCAGGGACCGUGCACCUAGGACUUUCCCAGCCGUGGUCUCCGUCACGCCGGCGCCAACACACCUCGGGCCUUGGGUGAACCAGCGGCGGAAGGCGCGGGCUGGACCCUCUCCACCUCCGGUGUUCGAGAUUCCAACCAGGAACCGCUUCGCCCCUCUCCGCCAGACCAGACCCAACGCUGUGAUCGUCGGGGACUCCAUUGUGCGGAACGUCCGUGUAGCCUCAUCUAAAGGUAAGGUGCGCACACACUGUUUUUCUGGUGCUUGUGUCCUUGAUGUCGCUGCGCAGGUAUCCGGGAUCCUGAAGAAGGACGAGCGCAUUGGAGCGGUUGUGCUGCACGCGGGGACGAACGACACCAGGCUGCGGCAGACGGAGGUUCUGAAGAGGGACUUCUCUAGCCUGAUCGAGACGGUACGAGGCAGAUCACCCACCGCGAAGAUCAUCGUCUCUGGACCUCUUCCCACAUACAGACGUGGAGCAGAAAAGUUCAGUAGACUUCUAGCAUUAAAUGAUUGGUUAGUCUCUUGGUGUAAUGAGCAGAAUCUGGUGUUUGUCAAUAACUGGAAUCUGUUCUGGGAGCGUCCUAGGUUGUUUCGUCCUGAUGGCCUGCACCCCAGCAGCCUUGGAGCGGAACUGCUAUCAGACAACAUUUCCAAGGCGCUACACUCCAAGUGACUGCCUACCAGAUCCAGAUCCUUUCUGCCUCUGGAUGGAGCUCAAAUCUUCUCUAAUUCCAGACUGCUGGGACUACGGCUGCUCCUAAGGCCAUACAGACUUCAUAUAAAUCCAUAAUGAACUUUUUCACACUAUCUGUUGUUACCCAGAUGAGGAUGGGUUCCCUUCUGAGUCGGGUUCCUCUCAAGGUUUCUUCCUCUUAAAACAUCUUAGGGAGUUUUUCCUUGCCACCGUCGCCACUCAGUGGCUUACUCAGUUGGGAUAAAUUUGCACCUUUAAUAUCUGUAUACCAUGUUGAUAUUUCUGUAAAGCUGCUUUGAGACAAUGUCUAUUGUAAAAAGCGCUAUACAAAUAAAAUA